AGAAGUAUCUUUAAAGAUGGCUUUCUCAAAACAAUCUUGGCUUGCUUGCGGUCUUAACUACCGAGUGGUUUGCUAGCAUGCUAAAUAUACGUUAAAUGCAAUCUGGAGUAUUUUAUUGCAAUUCAACAACGACUCAGACUGCCAAAAAAGUGAACUGUACAUAUGGCGUUGGUGCCCUCGUGCUGUGAAUUUGGGAGAUGGCAAGACUUUCUUUGAAACGACUUUUUGUUUUCUGUCUCUGCCUUUCAGCAUCCUUUUUCCUUAUCAUUACUAUCCAGGCGUGCAGUAGGUUCUCUUUCAGUCCUCCCUUCUCUGUUCCCUGAUCUACUUUGGUUACCUGACUAAUACCUGGAUGAAAACCCAGCUUCUUCUCCUCUCCCCUCUCCUUUCUCCUGGUGAUGGUGGAGCUGGGGCAGUUUGAGGGCAAAGUGCAAAGACACAAACGUCCUCUGAAGGACGGGCUAGAGUCCCAGGACCACAGCCCUCUGACACGCAGGAGGAGCCCUGUGGGGCCGGGCGUUUGGUACCCCUUCAUCGUGUGGUGGUCUCCCCUGACAGGGAAAAUGGGGCGACUGGGAGAGUGUGGGAAGAACAAGUGCUUUUUCACCAUUAACAAGACUUACCACAACCACCCAUCUACACAGGCCUUCCUGUUUUAUGGCACUGACUUCAACAUAGAAAGCCUUCCCCUGCCCAGGAAGGCGGGUCACCACUGGGCCCUGUUCCACGAGGAGUCCCCUAAAAACAACUACAAACUCUUUCACUCGCCCGUCAUCACCCUCUUCAACCACACGGCCACCUUCAGCCGUCUCUCUCACCUGCCCCUCACCACCCAGUACCUGGAGAGCUUGGAGCUGCUCACCUCCCGGGCUCACCUUGUCCCCCUGUCCCAAAAGAACCGGCUGAGGAGUACCCUGGCCCCCGUGGUGUACGUGCAGUCGGACUGCGACCCCCCCUCGGACCGGGACGCCUACAUUCGGGAGCUGAUGAGGCACAUCCGGGUGGACUCGUACGGGGCGUGCCUGCACAACAGGGACCUGCCGGCCCCGCUGCGGGACUCCGCCGCCAUGGACGAGCCGGGCUUCCUGGGGAUCCUGGCGCAGUACAAGUUCAUCCUGGCCUUCGAGAACGCCGUCUGCGACGACUACAUCACCGAGAAGCUGUGGAGGCCGCUCAAGCUCGGGGUGGUGCCCGUGUACUACGGCGCCCCCAACGUCCGCGCCUGGCUGCCUAGCAACAGGAGCGCCGUCGUGGUGGACCCCGACGAGCCGCCGGAGAGGCUGGCGCGGUACCUGAGGAGGCUGGACGAGAACGACGGGGAGUACGAGGCGUACCUGCGGUGGAAGCUCCGGGGCCAAGUGUCCAACCCUGGCCUGCUGACCGAGAUGAGGAACCGCAAGUGGGGCGUCCAGGACCUGGCGCAGGAAAACUACAUCGACGUUUUUGAGUGCAUGGUGUGCGACCGCGUUUGGGAGAACCUCCAGAGACAGAAAGAGGGCCUCGCUCCCAAAACCUGGCGGGCCGAAGCCAGCCACCUGAGCUGCCCGCCCCCGCGGACGUUCGGAUUCCCCGGCGGCCCCACGGGCGAGGCCUCCCAGAGGGGCAUUUGGGGGCUGAGCUACGAGCAGUCCAAGCUGGAGGCGCGAGCCCUGCGCCUGCUGGCCGAGAGGAACAGAAACUUCACCGUGGGGCAGUUCUGGAAGCAGGUGUUCGCUGACUGAGACGCGACUGUUAGAAACACACCGAGGGGUGUGAGGGCUUUCGCAGGCUUGGGCUUCAUGUACGGAAGGCUUUGGAUGGGGCAGGAAGUUUAGAUCUCUGAUGUUACUCUUUGUGAUCUAUUCCAGACCUGAAGGUCUAUUCCAUCCCAGUGUAUUUGUUUUGCAAACAGCCUUAUACAGGGUCACUUACAUCAUCCGUCUUUCAUUUAUUAUUUAUCAUUAGUUUAUACAAGCAGAAUAUUUUGCUGAAGCAAGUAAGGUACUAAGUACUUUGUUUUCUUUUUAAUCCCAAAUUUUCUCAAUUUACUCCCAGUUGUAUUUGUUAGCCUGUCCGAUCACUGCAGUUUCCUGCAACAAUUCAGAAUAAUGCUGACGGGUUCGCUUUCUGCUCCAAAGCCUGUGGUGCCAGCCACCCCUUUGCUGUACUGUGCCAAAGGACUACACUUCCCAUAAUGUAGCUGGAACAGGCAGACUGCAGGCGCCCGAUCGACCAGAGGAGUCGCUGGUGCAGAAUGAGAAGACGUCAAUCAUGAUAUAUGAGAUGGUAUGGUGUAUUGUGCAUUGUUGUGCUCAACUGCUGGCCACAGUGACAUGGACAUAGUCAGAAAUCUAUAUCAGGGCUUGGGGCACAUCCACAUGCUGCAACUCUACCUUAUCUGGAUGAGCUACCCUGUAGCCCAGAUUAAGUGCUGUGCUGGAGGGUAGAGUAACAGACAUUCUGGUUGCAAGUCCGAUUACUCCUGAGUGUCUCAUCAACCAGAGUAUUGAUGGGCUUAUUUAGGAGAACUUUACAAGAUACAGCAAAACGUUCUGCUUCCAUCUCCAAGCUGUAUAUGCAAGACUUGUGAUUGGAUCUGCAGAGGCAAGAAGUGUCCUGUCCAGUGCCAAAUACAUAUGCCAAAUAAAUAUGAAGUCAUAUGCAUCGUAUAGUAGCAAUAUUCUUUUUUGCUUGACGUUAAAAGUAAAAUGUUUGUAUGACUUUUUUAUGCUUCGCUUUUCUUACGUAAGCAAUGAGAUUGCAGUUUGGCAAAGACUUACCAUUUAGGCUAAUGGUGUGCAUUUUGAUAGGCAUCUUUUGUACAGAGUGUUCCGUUUUAUGGUUACAUCAGUGUCAUUGUGGUGAACUAAAAGGCUAAAUGACAGCUAAAUUGUACUAAAAAGCUCUGAAAGGCACCAGGGUCGGGGAAAGAGCAUGCCGACGGCAAUUUGUGCUGCAGCCUACCAAACUUCCUGUUUUCUUUCUGACUGCAACCUCUGCUGUUGCAUUUGAAGCAAAUUAAAGUUAAAAGAUGUUUUGAGUUUGUUUCUGUAUGUGUGGAUUCUAUGGCCUAAAGCACUACUGCUCACAGGAGUUUACUCACUGUUUGAAUUCUCAAAGAUACAAAUGAAUUUAAUGAGAAACAUAAUGAUGAACAUAGAUGAAAUUGUUGGAAUAUUUCAUUUCUUCAGCACUAUUUAAUAAUAAAUGUGCAUUGCAUUUUAUUAUGAAUGUUCAUAUAUAACAGGUUACUUGCACUUAAUUGUAAUCGUUAGUUAUAUUUGUUAUGAAUAAAUAUGCAUAGAAAAAUA